GUUUCUCCUUCAUAAUAAGUGCAGAAUCAGGUACUGGUAUCAGAUCCAAGGUGCACGAUCCUCAGAUGUGUAAUUAUUUAUAAUUUAAUGUUUGUGUAUUUGGAUUUUUCUUUUUUAAAAAAAUUUGCGUUUGCAUGGAGGGAAACAAUUUUGAGAAGUUCUUGCUUCGUUUUCUGUUUUAAAACUGGACAAAUUUAUAGUCUGGUCGCAAUUAUUAUAUAGUAUAGCACUUCAAAUUUUAGACUUUUCCGGUAAGUGGCUAAUGCCAGUGACUGAAACUGUUUUAGACGGAUAAUAGAAACUGGCUGUUUGUCCUUCGUCUGCUCAAUUGAGUUAUUGCUUCAUUUGCUUGGAAAUAGAGUUUGUUUAGGUGACAAAACCCAUAUCUAGAAACAUAUCUUGUCGUUCCUCUUUCUAGAGUUUGGUUAUAUUUUUCUCUGGAAGAUAAACACCACAAAAGAAAAAAAGAAUAAUCAAUUUAGAGAAUCUUUCCCGGGGAAGAUUUGGUGUUACAGAUGAUGCCCUGGUAGUUGCUUGGGAUGUGGUGUGGGAUAUGGUAUUGUUAUCCUGAUUUGAAAAUUGACAUUGUCUGGCCAGUAACUAAUAUACAUUUACCUGGAGGAUGUGGGCUGAUUGUGACUAGUGGGUCUAGCAACAAGUCUUCUGCCAGGAUACUUGCUUGAGAAAAAAAUAAAUAAAUAAAAGAAAGGAAAACUAAGAGUACCUGAAGUUGGGAGCUCUAGAUGGCAAGAAGGGCAGUCCUUCCAGUCCAUUGAAUAAGAUGAAAGGAGGAUUUUCCAGCUUCAGGGGUAAAGAGUUCUCGCUUCUUCUCAUUGUUAUUUUGGGCACAACCAUUCUCAUAUGGGCAUGGGAUAGAGCCCCAUUUCUUACUACCUUACUUCCACCUGAAGAGCAGUUCCAGCUACCUCAAGAAUCUUCAGAACUGCAUUUUCAAGUUAGCGACAAUGUAGAUGUGGCUGAUCAGAAUUCUGCAAGCAACUAUUCACCAAGAACACGUGCUAGAGAGAAAGAAUCUCUCCCAGCUAUGGAGGAUACAGAAGCAAAAAAUAUAGUCCUGGAAGUUGGAAGAAAUGGCAGUGGAGAAAGUUCUCCUUUGUCAGAAACCAAAGAAAGUGCAAGCUCUCCUGUAGCAGAAAUCAAAGCUAAAGACAAUCAGGUGGUGGAAUUUAGAAAAAAUGGCAGUGCAGAGGGUUCUAUUGUGACAGGUGCAAAAGGGAAGCAUGGCCAGGAUGUUGGAGAAAAAGUUCUGAUACAAAAAGAAGAAACUGUGGACUUAGCAAUACCAAUGGGUUAUGCAAGUGCAAACUCUUCCCUCGGGGAACAAGAUGAGAAGAAUUUUAAUAACCAAGGCUGUAAUUAUGCAAAAGGGAAAUGGGUUGUAGAUGACAGACGGCCUUUGUAUUCUGGUCUUGGUUGUAAGCGAUGGCUUGCACAAAUGUGGUCCUGCCGGUUGAUGCAACGCACAGAUUUUGCAUAUGAGAAGCUGCAAUGGCAACCAAACAAUUGCCAAAUGGAAGAAUUUGAAGGGGCUAAGUUCUUGAAAAGGAUGCAAGACAAGACUCUAGCUUUUGUUGGAGAUUCAUUGGGCAGACAACAGUUCCAGUCUCUAAUGUGUAUGAUCACAGGUGGAGAGGAUGCGCAUGAUGUCAUUGAUGUGGGACAGAAGUAUGGACUUGUCAAACCUCGGGGUGGUGUCCGCCCUAAUGGGUGGGCAUAUUGGUUUCCAAGCACCAACGCUACUGUGCUUUAUUACUGGUCAGCUUGCCUCUGUGACUUGGAACCUAUUGAUAUAAAAAACCCAUCCACUGGUUAUGCCAUGCAUCUUGAUCGGCCUCCUGCAUUUUUGCGCCUGUAUCUUCAACAAAUAGAUGUCCUGGUUCUCAACACAGGGCAUCAUUGGAACCGAGGGAAGCUUAGGGCAAAUCGCUGGGUCAUGCAUGUGGGUGGUAUGCCUAACAGCAACAAGAGGCUGGCAAUGAUUGGAGAUGCCAAAAAUUUCACAAUCCACAGUAUUGUCGACUGGGUGAACAAACAGCUUCCAAAACAUCCUCACUUGACAGCCUUCUAUCGGAGCAUCUCGCCUAGGCAUUUUGUUAAUGGCGACUGGAACACUGGGGGAAGCUGUGACAAUACAACCCCCUUGUCUGUUGGUAAGGAAGUGAUGCAAAAUGAGUCUAGUGAUUACAGCGCUGGCAAUGCAGUGAAAGGGACAGGGGUUAAGCUCUUGGAUAUAACAGCUCUGUCCCAGCUGAGAGAUGAGGGCCACAUAUCACGAUUUAGCAUUACUGCCUCACCAGGAGUACAUGAUUGCUUGCAUUGGUGUCUACCUGGUGUUCCUGACACGUGGAAUGAAAUCCUUUUUGCACAUAUCAAUGAUAUGUCAAAGGUGCAGGAUUGAUGAAUCUUGACAUAUGAUUGGAAGAAAUUUAUACUCUUCAUUACUAUAGGCAAGAUGUAGGUUCAGCGGUUUGAUUUAACAGUUUCAGUUUGGAGUUUAUUACUUCUUUUCGGUGAAUUUUUAUGCAGCAAGAAGGUUUCCUUGUUGGUUCACAUGAUAGUAAUUCUUGUUGCGGUUUAGCCUCUUGGGAUUUCUUCAGAAUUAAAGGCUGCUGUAUAAAGAGUGCCGCUGGAUAUGACUUCCAAACAUGGUAGCAAAUUUAGAAUUUCUGCAAUUGUAGUAAAUAUAGAGGAGCAUUGGGUCAAGAGGUAGCAGUAGAAAGAGUCGUGGGAAGUUUGGAUUAGUGUCCUGCAGUGGAUGGUUGUAUACAAGAACAUUCCACACAGUAGCAGUGUAUCCUGUUUGGGGGGUACGUAACAUGUAUUAAAAUCAUCUUAUUGGAACAAACAAUAUGAAUUUUUUUUUAAAAUUUUUUUAUUGGGAA